AUGGCCAGCAAGCUUGAGAUCCCGGACGGCGACAUUCUGUCGGUUUUUCUUGCCCCAAACGGAGUAUCUGAGGACCAGCCAAUCUGGAUCGAUGGGCAAGAUCAGAAGCAACAGAUCAGCAAGAGCCUAGCACGGAAGCUUAUCCGAUGCCUCAUCGACGGAUACCUUUCAACCGGCCUGAUCAGCUCUCAGGCUGCCAAGCCAAGCGUCAUCAUCCUCUACUCUGAGAACCAAGUUUUGCUUUUUCCCAACAUUCUCUCCAUCAUCGGCGCCGGAGGCACUGUUGCAACUUGCCCAUGGGAAGCCAGCGUCCAGGAGCUACUGUACAGGGUCAACUCCUUGCAGCCAGCGGCGGUUCUUUGCUCCCAGAGCUCUCUUGGGCGAGUACUAGAGGCCGCUGAGAGAUCUACGAAAAAAUUCCAGAUUAUUAUUCAAGAUUCCAUCACAAUGGAUGUCUGGUUGCAAGAGUCCCAUCAUUCGCUAAUCUCGCCCCACGGUCGUGACUGGGACGUCAAGUGGGAUGAAACAGUAGCAAAUCGACCGAGUGUUAUUGUUUUCUCCAGCGGAACUACGGGUUAUCCAAAGGGAGUAUGUAUUUCGCAGCGGAACUUGCUGGCCAAUGUUUUCCAGAUGCAGCUACAAUGGCGCGACAUGCUCCAGGAUCCAUCAGCACCACGCAUAGUAGCUGGAGUUCUCGAUAGUGCUCACGUCGCAGGAAUGCUGGUGAAUUGCUUCUUGACACUAGGGCUCGGGUUUUGCAACUACCUUGUGCCAGGUAGUAAUAUCAACCUCUUGCUCGAGAUCAUCGUGAAAGAAAAAGUCAACUAUCUCAUGGCGGUGCCGCCCGUCUACCAGCGUUUGACUUGUCACCCACAGUGGAAUACGGCAGACCUCUCAUCCGUUAAACACGCCGUUAGCGCGGCAGCUCCGGCGACGCCAGAACUUCUACGGGCUGUCACAGCUAAAUUAUCCACGGGAGCUUUCUGCCAGCAAGGCUGGGGUAUGACUGAGCUUACAUGCCUUGCGACGAUGCCCCAACCGGGUGUCUUGGGCCCAUGGGACAGCGUUGGGAAGCCAUUAGCUGGAAACGCAAUUAAAAUAUUCAACGACAUGGGCGUAGAGGUUCCCGAGGGUGAGGUAGGAGAGAUCUACGUGUCUGGACCAACGGUGACUCAGGGGUAUUACGGCCAAUCGAACGAACAGAGGAAAGAGACUUUCAUUGGAGAAUGGAUGAGGACGGGAGACCUCGGAAAGCUCGACGCGAAUGGCUAUCUUUACAUCACAGGCCGGAAUAAGGACCUGAUCAAAUACAACGGCGCUCAGGUAUCCCCUCGAGAGGUCGAGGAAGUAGUCGGGUCCGUUGAAGUUGUUGCAGAGGUCGCUGUGGUGGGAACCGACCUUGACGAUGGGAAUGAGCUACCCACAGCUUUCAUAACCCUGUCUGAAGUGGUACCACUUAACCGCCAGGCAGAAAUCAAAAGGAAAGUUAUCGAUUAUGCGGCAGAGCGUCUUAGCCCUUACAAACGUCUCCGAGGAGGUGUACACAUUGUAGAUAGUCUUCCAAAAAACCCCAUGGGCAAGGUCUCCUACAAAGACCUCAGAGCGCAGGCCAAGGCUCUUAGACAGAAGGAGAUGGUGAGCACUCGGUCAAAGCUAUAG